AUGAAAACCAUCAUUCGUGGAGUGAUUCUCAAGGACUAUUUGACGUUCCGAACACUGGUCUCAAAAGUUUUCGGCAUUGCUAUGUGUAUCGGCAGCGGAGUUCCGAUAGGUAAAAUGGGUCCUUUCGUGCACAUUGCCUCAGCGGCAGCAAACGAACUCUCGCGGCUAGCAUCACGAUUCGAUCCGGCCUUCAAAAAUGAAGCAAGAAAAGCCGAGUGUCUUGCAGCUGCGUGUGCUGUUGGGGUUGCAUGCACGUUCAGUGCACCAAUCGGAGGUGUACAUUUAGUCGUUCUAGAAGCGUCCUUUGCGCUUAUGCUCUAA